UUGUUUUGUUUAAGGAACACUAUUUUGAGGAUUGUAAUUCUGUUAAUUGUACAGGCCUUAUUGGACUCAUUUAACGAGGCAAGAUUGAUGCCGCCGAGGCUGGAUUUCAGGAUUCCAUUCUUGAUACAAAAUCAUGGUGAACAGUGGCUCUUCUCGAGCUCAGCGAAAGAUUCUGAGGCCACGACAGUAGUGCUAUCGCCAUCUGUCCGCAUUAUAGUGCAAUUAUAAUUAACGUUACAUCAUUUCAUACAAAUGUUUAAUUUAAAAUAGAAAACAGAUGUUGCGCCAUCUACAUGGUGAAACGAUGUUACUCAGCAGUUCACAUUGUAGCCAAAUUAAUCAUAACAAUUAAACAUCGUCAAUCAAAUUGAAUUUUCACUAUAGUAUUCUAAUAUUUUAUUGUUCAAAUUCAUUCUCAUUUCAUUUCGUUCUGUAUUUUCAUUGUUCAUAAUCGCAUAUUGUAAUCUUACACAGACCCAAAUUAAGAUUUCCCAUAACGACACACGUGCUCAACUAAAGAAGUCGUCAAUGUUUUAACGGAUAAGAUCAUACCCGAGGAACUUGAUCUUGGCAUCAAGCUGAAAACGAAAAAUUCCAACUCUCAGGAGUAGUAACUUUCAUUGGAACAAGAACCAAUUUUAAUUUGGAUUCUUGCACCAUGACAAACAAAAUGAAAGCAAAAAUUCCAAAACAACGCUAGGAAAGUUUAUGAAGAGGAAACUGAAGAAGCAACAAGUGAUGCCAAAAAAAGAGUGAACACCGGUUCGUCUUCACUAAGAAUGAAUAGCUUCUUUUGAUACCAAAAGGAUCCUAAGUGAUUGUCCAGCAUCAUUUCAUUAUGCUUUUCAUGUAUUACUAUCUAUCCGUAGUGUUGUUGAUUUCUGAUAGACUUGGUGUCCUUUUCAUACAGAAGUAUUUCAGUUUGAAUUGGUCGUAAAACUUAAAUAAGAUGAAACAGCAUCAAAAUCUGGAUAUGAUCGCCUUAAACAAUCAUCCUUCAUCUGUGAACUUACGCUAAUUUAAUCGACAUAAAUACAAGUCGUUAUGAAUCUAAAUUUUCAGUUUAAAUUUGGUUUCAUUGAUCGAGGUACACUUGCAAUUUAUGAUCCUCUUAAAAAUAGAUACGUUGGUCAGAUUGCUCGGUUCAUGAAUAAAAAUUUAGAGCGUUUUGCUUCGGUUAAUUUCACUGUUGUUGUGUUCGGUGAACGCGUAUAUGGAGAUUGUGAUUCUGUGAAUUGUACUGGCCUUAUGGGACGCAUUGAACGAGGUGAAAUUGAUUUAGUUGAAUUUGGAUCUACAUUCGCAACAAUUCCCCUUUCAAUUACUGGACUGAAACCAGGAGCAGUGGUUGGUGAUGUUUCUUGCAACAUUUUCUCAGCUUUACCCGAAACUGGAAUAACUCGUGAAGAUGUCUUCAAAUCACUAUCGAUAUUCACUUUAGAUGCAACUAUAUUCUUGUCUUUGCUUUUCCUGUUUCUUUUUUCAAUUCCUUUCAUUCUGUGGUACUUCAAGUCCAACUUUUGUGAGUUUAAGACCAACUCUCCACCGAUUGUCUGGCCUUUGAUUUGUGCAAUUUUGCGACAAGACUUGUCGAAACAAGCUCUAUUUUACACUCACACUCUGCGAUUUAUUUGGAUGUCAAUCAUUUUAAUAAUAUUUUUAAUGACAGCACUUUAUACUGGUUCGUUUACUACAGAUCUUGCAGCUAAAGUGCCCAUUAAAACGAUUGAUUCACUUGAAGAUGUUGCAGACUCCGAUAGGAUUCCAUUCUGGAUGGAAGAUCCAUUUUGCAGAGCCUUCGUGAAUAGCAACCCUUCUCGUGCUGGGCAAGAGAUCAUGAGGCGAGCACAGUACAUAACAUUGGGAGAUUCUUUCGGCCUAUUUAUGGAACAACAGAUAAAAAUAGAAAAAUAUGUCUUUUUUAAUAAUCCAUAUUCGAUGAAACCAGUGCGACUAGGCAAUUGCGUAAAAAAUGUAAAUCGCCCAAUGCCACAAUGGCAUCAAUCAACUGGAUCAUUUCCCGUCUAUCCAUUGUUUUCAAUAUUAAAUUCAAAACUAUCUCCUGAUGCCACCAAAAUCAUCAAUCUAUUGUGCGAGAAAAACUUCCAAAGUCACGUCGAGUUUCAUCUCCUGGAUAAAUGGAAUUCGUACCUUUACAAGAUGUUAGAUCCUGAGCAAAAGUCUGGCUGCUUACAUAAAACUUUUAUCAGCUCCAAACCUGCUUUAUACCGUUUCAAUCAACUAGAUGUUCAAAAUUAUAAGCUAUUCUACAAUUGCUUCUUAUUUAUGAUUCCUAUUUGCCUGUUUAGCCUGAUCGGUGAAUAUUUGUACUCCUGGAUAAACUUCACUAAUCUCAAAACCAAUUCAAACGUUUAAAAUUAAAUAAAUUAGAUUCAAUAGUAAUGCAUUAGGCCAAGUUUCAAUUAAUAAAGGAAAAAUUUAUGAUUA